UGGAGACGCCUAACCUUCGUCUUACUGAGCGUGACUGUCACCGGCUCGGUGGCGCAGCACGUGCCACCGUGAUUAAGAAUCCACCUGCCAAUGCAGGGGACACGGGUUCAAGCCUUGAUCCGGGAAGAUCCCACAUGCUGCGGAGCAACUAAGCCUGUGCGCCACAACUACUGAGCCUGCACUCUGGAGCCCGCGAGCCAUAACUACUGAGCCCCCGUGCCACAACUACUGAGCCUGCACUCUAGAGCCCGCGUGCCACAACUACUGAAGCCCGCGCGCCUAGAGCCUGUGCUCCGCAACAAGAUAAGCCACUGCAGUGAGAAGCCCGUGCACUGCAACGAAGAGUAGCCCCCGUGCAGAGCAACAAAGACCCAACACAGCCAUAAAUAAAUAAAGGAAUAAAAAAAGAAAGGAAGGAAACAAAAGAAGGAAAAAAAGGAAGAAAGAAAGAAGGAAGGACAGGGAGGAAGGAAGGAAGGAAGAAAGAAAGUUGUCUUGCUGAAAUUGCUCAGCUUCUUUUCCGAUGUGGACAGAAGACUGCAGAAAAUCAACCUAUCCUCCCUCUGGACCAACCUAUAGGGGUCCGGUUCCGUGGUACACUAUAAAUCUCGAUUUACCACCGUACAAAAGAUGGCAUGAAUUGAUGGUUGACAAGGCACCAGCGCUAAAAGUUAUAGUGAAUUCCCUGAAAAAUAUGAUAAAUGCAUUUGAGCCAAGUGGAAAAAUUGUGCAGUUAGUGGAUCAAAAGUUGCCUGGUCUACUUGGCAACUUUCCCGGGCCUUUCGAGGAGGAAAUGAAGGGGAUUGCAGCAGUUACUGAAAUACCUUUAGGAGAGAUUAUUUCAUUCAAUAUUUUCUAUGAAUUUUUUACCAUUUGUACUUCAAUAAUAACAGAAGACAAAGAAGGUCAUCUACUACAUGCCCGAAACAUGGAUUUUGGAGUAUUUCUUGGGUGGAAUGUAAACAAUAAUACCUGGGUCGUAACUGAGGAACUAAAACCUUUAACAGUGAAUUUGGACUUCCAAAGAAACAAUAAAACUGUCUUCAAGGCGGCAGGCUUUGCUGGCUAUGUGGGCAUGUUAACAGGAUUCAAACCAGGACUACUUAGUCUUACGCUUAAUGAACGUUUCAGUACAAAUGGCGGUUUUAUGGGUGUCAUAGAAUGGAUUUUGGGAAAGAAAGAUGCCAAGUGGAUAGGGUUUAUCAUUAGAUCAGUUCUGGAAAAUAGCACAAGUUAUGAAGAAGCCAAGACUAUAUUGACCAAAACCAAAGUAUUGGCCCCAGCAUACUUUAUCCUGGGAGGCAACAAGUCUGGGGAGGGUUGUGUGAUUACACGAGACAGAGAACAGUCUUUGGAUAUAUAUGAACUCGACCCCAAGCAGGGUAUAUGGUAUGUGGUGCAAACAAAUUAUGACCGUUGGAAAAAUCCCUUCUUCCUUGAUAAUCGCAGAACACCUGCAAAGAUGUGUCUAAACCAGACAACCCAAGAGAAUAUCUCAUUUGCAACCAUGUACGAUGUCCUGUCAACAAAACCUGUCCUCAACAAGCUGACGGUAUACACAGCCUUGAUAGACGUUACCAAAGGUCAAUUUGAAACAUACCUGCGGGACUGCCCAGACCCCUGUAUAGGUUGGUGAGCACACACCUGGCCUAUAGGGUGCGACCUGUAUGACAUCAAGAUGGGAGCUCACACGGGGCUGAGAAGUACAGCUGUCUGAUCUCCUUCAGAAGACUGAGACUGAGGACGGGUUCUCUGAGGUGUGAGCUUGUCCUGCUUGGUAUGUUUACAAUUCACAGGCUGUUUUUGCCGUAAUGGUUGAUUUUUCUUAUAUACAAAUUAACUCCUUUUAGUGAAGUACAACAAUCAUCCAGAACUUACUGUGGUUCAUUUCAGUCUGAUUCAUUUGAGGAUGGGGAUGGGUAAUUACAACUAUUGCGGGACCCACCCCCAUGGAAUAAAGCAAGAUUCUCUGUGAGCACAGAAUCCUGUACAUCUGUGUAAUAGUUAAAUAGUCCAUAUUAUUCAGUUUUUCACUUUUAUUUACAUAUUUGUAUGUUUUUGUCUUUUCUUCCUGGCUCUUACUAUUAAAAUUAAUAUACCAUU